UUAUUAUUGCCUAUUUGCCUUUAUUUCGAUCUAUUUGGUGGCCUAUACCAAUUACUUCACCAAUAAUAUUUUUUUUUUUUGCACUACAAGCCUAUUUUUUAUGAGAGCUUUACGAGACAUGGUAAAAUAUAAUAAAAAAAUAAAAUAAUAGUAGUGACAAGUAGUAUACACAGCUCAUAAGAAAAUUCCUUAAUAUUGGAGCUCCCAAAAUAAAAAAAAUAAAGAAAUCAACCUUGGAAAAUAAAAAAAUCCCAGAAUUUCCAAAAUUUCAACCAAAUCAAACCAAACGACCCCGCGCAGAUAAUUGUCUGAGUCCACACUUAUCCCCAUUUCCCAGUGUUCCUCAAAUCCUUCAUCGUUAAGAUUGAGGGCACUUGGAAAAAGCUUAAUUCUUGAAUAUAUUUUUCUGGGUAUUUCAUCAAAGUUAUUAAUCAAAAAUAUUGAAAAAUGGGUCAAAAAAUUUCAAAAGAUGAACUGGUUUAUCAGCAAGUGAUUGAAGGCAAUAUUGAUACCAUUAAAGCUCUUUGCACUGAAGGAGCUCGACUCGAGUGGAUUGAUAAAGAAGGGAAAACUCCAUUAAUUGUGGCUUGUAUGGAUCCCAGACUUUAUAUUGUGGCCAAGACUUUGAUUGAACUUGGUGCAAAUGUUAAUGCUUAUCGCCCUGGGGUUCAUGCGGGUACGCCUUUGCAUCAUGCUGCAAAGAGAGGCCUGGACCACACUGUUAAGUUGCUUCUCUUGCAUGGAGCAAACCCUUUUGCGAGAAAUGAUGAUUGUCAAACACCAUUAGAUGUAGCACGAACAAAGGGUUACUGCAAUGUUGUCCGUGCAAUUGAGGCACAUAUAUGCUACUUCUCUGGUGAUAUGCGUGAGAUUCUGGUGGUGCCAGGCAUCCUAGGUUCUUUGGUGCCGCAUCGAUUAGCAAGAAAAAGCUCAAAGAAGAGUUGGGUGGUGGUUGUUCCUUGCAGUCUCCCCAAUACAAGGGGGCCUCUAAAAUUGGAGUUCGCUGUGUAUUCUAGUGCACAGGAUCCCCAGCCUCGUACUGUAAUUCCUCUUUGGAAGUCCAACAUUGUGGAACCAAAGUUUCAUGAGUCAGAUCCCUCCUUGACAAUCGUCAAUGAGUCAACUGGGUCCCUUUAUAAAUUUUUAUCUGCCAUUGAGGGAGACAAGCAGCAACUUGGUCAGUUACACAGUGCUUGCAAAGGUUUACUUAAGGUUAUGCCUUCCCCUCAGCUGUUCAGCGCUGGAAACUCUGCACAACCCGAAGUUAACACAAGAAAUCAGCCAGAACUUUCAGCAGGCUCGAACUCUCAAUCAAGUUCUGCUACAAAUGGUUGGAGUGACCUUGAUAGUAAUGUUACUCAUAGUGAGUGCGGCCAAUCUAGUGUCCCACCUCCCACUAAGGCAAGCUGCAAUGGAUGGGCCAAUGAACCUGCAGCACAAGAAUUAAAUGGAUGGGCCGAUGAACCCACAGCACAAGAAUUAAAUGGAUGGGCUGAUGCUAAUUCAGGUCCAUCCAUGCCCCCAGUCAAUCCUACAACUGUCGCCUCAGCACCUAUCCCUUCAACUCCAUCAGCUCCUCCCUUACCCAUGGACGGUGGAGUUAAUGUUGAUGGGCCUAUCCACUAUCCAGCAAUCGAUAUGGACCCUGUUGACUUGUCUGCUACCAGUAGCGAAGCAAAUGGUAAAACAGAAGAGCCUUGUUGCGUGAUAUGUUGGGAAGCCCCAGUUGAGGGGGCUUGCAUUCCUUGUGGUCAUAUGGCUGGUUGUAUGUCUUGCUUGUCAGAAAUCAAAUCCAAGAAAGGGCUUUGUCCGGUUUGCCGAACCAAGAUUGACCAGGUUAUCAGGCUAUAUGCUGUUUGAAAGGGGCUUGACCUUAAUAUUUUAUUUUUUUUUUGGCCAGAUUGUGCAAUUUGUAUUUUAUACUUGUGCAAUGAGGUGCAUAAAGUUAUGCUAGUCUGUCUAUUGUAUAGUCAGAAAUCAGAAUGUUUACAAACAGAGAGUGUUAUAGAUGUGCUGUAGAUAUCUACAAAGUCAUAUACUUUGGAAAAUUUAAAAUUUGUUAAUUAGUACCUUUUAUGUAAUCAAUUUUGCCACUUA